CCGGUUCCUUUUGCUCGAGACUGGGAUGGGGCCCUGGGGAAUUCUUGCAAGCUUGUGCGUUGCCGUAGCAAGCCUUGCAAUGUAUCAGUACGGCUCUUUCAAUGGGCCAUGCUGCACAUCGCGUGCUCACCCGCCUUUGUACCCUCCCGAGUAUGAAGAUAAGGGCCGGGAGAUCGAACUCAAUGGCAUCCCCGUCUAUGAGGUUGCAGGGCGAGCUGGGAGCCAAUCUGCUGUCCUUGUCCUCUCGGAUGUGUUUGGUUGGCGAAGUGGGCGGACGCGGCAACUAUGCGAUCAGCUGAGUGCAGAGACUGGUCAUCAGGUGCUGCUGCCAAACCUUUUUUAUCAAGAUGGUUCGGACCACACCCGGCCACUGGGUGGUUGGGGCAAGGGCUGGUGGAUCGCCAAGCGCAUCCUUUAUUAUGACUUCAGUCCGAGGGCUGACGGUGCCACCUUUUGGCCAACACUUCUUUACCCCAUCUUCUGGGCAAAGACCACUUACGUGAAGAGUCUGGUUGAGGACUUGCUGUCACAGGUGGGAGGAAAGAAAGUUGGAGUCUUGGGCUUCUGCUUUGGAGGCUGGAUCGCGCUGCACCUCGCGGCAGAGGAAGCACGGAAUGUGCAAGGCAUUGUGGUCAUGCACCCCAGCAUGAACAUGGAACAGUUCAAAGGUGGUGACCCAUUUGCCGUGUACCAGGCCAUCAGGCAUCCCACCACAUGCCUUGCUGCCAGCGAUGACUUCACGCCCAGUCAGCUGGCAGCGAUGUCAGAGCGAUCCUCCGUGGAGGUGUACCAGUCUAUGCGGCAUGGCUUCGUGCCAAGAGGCGACAUCAAGGAUGCCGGCAUCAAAGAGGCGGUCAGCGCGGCCAUGGAGAAGGCAGUGAACUUCUUUAAGGAUCUGCUGUAGACCGGUUGCCUUGAGAACUCGAACUGGUAUCCCAGUUGUCAGACCAUCAGAGGGCACUGUGCUGCCAAACUGUGUUUAAUUGGGCAGUGGCCCUCCAAUCAGUACAGGCUUUGGGUGCAGUCUGCCGUCCAUGUCAUCUUCCUGAUCACAGGUGGGCAUGAACGGUGGAUAUUCGACAUGUGGCAAGUUGCCCCAAAAGAGGGCAGAUGGAUCGCCUACUUGACGCGUGUGACUCGACA